UGGAACAUCUGGGAAGAUUAAUGAGCUCUAUUAGGAGACACAUUUAUUCUGCGGCUCAGACUGGGAGUUUUUGCAAUGAGCGGGUGUCCAUUUUUAGGAAAUAGCUUCGGAGAUUCUUUUAAAACACUCUUCAGAGUCGACACUGAAGAAGAGAAAUCACAAAGUGGUGUGAAUAAAGCCAGCAAAGGAGGACUUCUCUAUGGGAACUACCUGCAUUUGGACAAAAUUUUGAAUGCACAAGAACUACAAAGUGAAAUAAACGGGAACAAAAUCCAUGAUGAGCAUCUUUUUAUUAUAACUCAUCAAGCAUAUGAACUCUGGUUCAAGCAAAUCCUCUGGGAAUUAGAUUCUGUUAGAGAGAUCUUUCAAAAUGGCCAUGUCAGAGAUGAAAGAAAUAUGCUCAAGAUCGUCUCUCGGAUGCACCGAAUAGCAGCAAUCCUUAAACUACUGGUACAGCAGUUUUCCAUUCUGGAAACGAUGACAGCCUUGGACUUCAAUGACUUCAGAGAGUACUUAAUUCCAGCAUCAGGCUUCCAGAGUUUGCAGUUUCGUCUAUUAGAAAACAAGAUAGGCGUUCUUCAGAGUAUGAGAGUCCCUUACAACAGAACACAUUACCGUGAUAAUUUCAAAGGAGACGAUAACGAACAGCUACUGAAGACAGAAGAGGAAAAAUCACUUCUGCAACUGGUGGAGGCAUGGCUGGAGAGAACACCAGGUUUAGAACCACAUGGAUUUAACUUCUGGGGAAAUCUUGAAAAGAAUAUCACAAAAGGUCUGGAAGAGGCAUUCAUAAAAAUUCAGGCUAAAGAAACAUCGGAGGAAAAAGAGGAGCAAAUGGCUGAAUUUCAGAAACACAAAGAGGUGUUACUGUCCUUAUUUGAUGAGAAACGUCAUGAACAUCUUCUCAGUAAAGGUGAAAGACGGCUGUCAUACCGAGCACUUCAGGGGGCACUGAUGAUAUAUUUUUACAGGGAAGAGCCGAGAUUCCAGAUCCCUUUCCAGCUGCUGACUUCCCUAAUGGAUAUAGACUCACUCAUGACCAAAUGGAGAUAUAACCACGUGUGCAUGGUGCACAGAAUGCUGGGCAGCAAGGCUGGCACUGGGGGAUCCUCGGGCUAUCACUAUCUGCGCUCAACUGUGAGUGACAGGUACAAGGUGUUUGUAGAUCUAUUUAACCUUUCAACCUAUCUGGUUCCAAGACACUGGAUACCGAAGAUGAACCCGAUCAUUCAUAAGUUCCUCUACACAGCUGAGUACUGUGACAGCUCAUACUUCAGUAGUGAUGAAUCGGACUAAAAAUCAUCUGCAAAGCCUGUGAAGAGCAAUUCUUUCACACUGUAUGUAUCUUUCUCGACGUUCUCAUGAGCCCAUAAAUGUCCCUAAUAGACAGAUAUACAUAUAGUGACUAUGUGUGUACAUACUGAAGCACUGUAAUGUUCUGAUUAAAUCUGAUCAAAUUUGAGAUAAGAUUGAGCAGAAAUAAUUCAGGUAGAUCAUAACAUUGUACAUAAAGCAUUAUUCUAUUAAAAUUUUAUUCUCCUGAUUCUCUACUUAUUCCCUUAAUGUAAUGUUUUUUCAUCAUUUUAAACUUUAUGAUUCUAAACCAGCUAUUUCAAUCUUUUAUGCAAUAAAAUUAUUUUAUACAGUGCCUUUAUUCUAUUAAAUUUUAUAAAUAAUAAAAAUCAGUUUUUUGUCA